AAUGGCUACCGUGACCCACACGUAUUUCGUGGAAGGACAGACAUACUCCGUCCCCCUCAUCCAACCAGAUCUCCGCAGGGAAGAAGCCAUCCAUCAGAUAGCUGAUGCACUUCAGUACCUCCAGACGAUCUCGGCUGAUAUCUUCAACAGGAUCUCCCAACAAGUGGAGGCCAGCCGGACGCAGUUGCGGGCAAUCAACGAGAGAGUCACCCUAGCUCAAGCCAAAAUUGACAAGAUAAAGGGCAGCAAGAAGGCGAUUAAGGUGUUCUCCAGUGCUAAAUACCCGGCUCCAGACCGGCUGCAAGAAUAUGCCUCCAUUUUUGCUGGUGCAGAAGACCCGGAUGGCCAGAAGCGACCAAGGCGCAAGAUUCAGAGCAAGCACAGAGCAUUAGAUGAGAAAGCUUUGCAGGAGAAGCUGAAGUACUUCCCGGUUUGCGUCAGCGCCAGAGUCCAUCAGGAAGAUGACGCCGAGGAAGGCCUUGGGAGCCUCCCCAGGAACAUCAGCUCCCUCAGCUCCCUGCUGCUCUUCAACACCACUGAGAACCUGUACAAGAAAUACGUUUUCCUCGACCCUCUGGCGGGAGCAGUGACCAAGACCCACGUGGCCCUGGCAACGGAGAAGGAGAAGCUCUUUGACGCUCCCCUCUCCAUCACGAAAAGGGGGCAGCUGGAUCAGCAGGUGCCUGAAAGCUACUUCUACGUGCCGGACUUGGGACAAGUGCCCGAGAUAGACGUGCCAUCCUAUCUGCCUGACCUGCCUGGCAUCGCCGCCGAUCUCAUGUAUAGCGCUGACCUUGGGCCUGGCAUCGCGCCUUCUGCCCCCGGCACCGCUAUUCCCGAGCUGCCAACUUUCAGCACGGAAUCCGUGGAGCCCUUCCAACAAGGUAUUUCCGGCAAGGGUCCUGGAGGCGGUGGAGACAACAAUGCUCCCGGUGCCCCAGGGGGUGCCUUUGGUCGCAUAUCGGACACGAUCCCACCGCUGCCACCCCCACAGCAGCCACCUGGCGAGGAGGAUGAAGACGACUGGGAGUCCUAGACCCGGCCGGGCUUUUUGUUCUGGGCUCCCUUCCCUGCCACAAACAUGGGGCCAGUAGCCUGACAAGAGAGGGGAAAGCCCACCUGGGGCUAUUCAUGGUCAGAGGGCUGCUGCUGCCUUUGCUUUUGUUUGUUUUUUAAGGCCCUCCUGUAGCAGAGUCUUAAGUAUCAAAGACGGUUAACCAUUGCAAGGCUUGCCCUUCUCGUCUGUGUUCUCUCGAGUGCCUGCGUCUGCUGGAGGGCUGUCGGGUCGCUUGCGAUCAGAGA